AUGACAGUAAACAAACAUGGCAUAUACAUAUCGGGUUUGAACCCAGCGUCUGCAAGGACGUUGACAUGCCAGUCGUGGCUUGUGUUUCUUUCAAAUUUCCUCGUAUGCUUGUUCUUCAAUUUGAACCAGUCUGAAAUAAAAAGGGAGGAUCUUCUUCUCAAACGAGCAAGCGAUUCCCAUGCUUGGACUAAACCAAGAAAUAUCUCGCAGAGGAUAUACUCGAGUUCGCAAAGAGACUUCAAAGUUCAAAGGAGCUAUGGCCCUAUCUAUCUUCUAUUUCCAAGAUUCAAGAUUAAAUCUAUACAACUAAAUAUAGCAGGUGAAGAUUCGGUUGGGUACAGUUCAGACUGGCUAGAUCAAUGGAUUGGACAGAUGAAGGAUAAAUGCCACAAGAUGUAUCUGACUGGUGACUCUAUGUUCUUAGAUGCAAUUGCCGACCCUAAACAUGAUCCAAAAAGUGAAAGUGGUAUAAGUAUUUAUAAUUACGAAAGAUACUGUGAAGAUACUGGCUUAAG